AUGGCUCUUCCCGCUAAAGACUCGGACCCCCCUCAGGGGUCCAACUCCACAAUAGGUCGACCCAACACUAAUCCCAUAGCUACCAAUCCACUACUACCAUCAUAUGCUCAAACCGCAUCCACCAAACCCACUCAGGUCGCAUCCAUCCUGUUUUCCACCCUCCCUGCCUCGCCCUCUUGUGUUUGGCGCAAAAGCACCACACCCCACUCUAUUUUCUUCAACCCCCCAGUCGGCACUCCCCAAGAAGAUGCUUUCUGGAACUCACUUCUCAGCUCUGUCCCCGCCAACAAGAUUAUCGGUGUGUCUUUCCCAUCCAAACAAUCUACAAUGCAUAAGAUACAUCUUACCGACUCUACUACAUGUCUGGACAUUUGCUCCAAAGGCUUCCUGGUCAACAAUGAACAGUUUUUCCCUUCCCAAGGAAUACCCACUGGUACCAAAAUUCUUCGCCUCUACCUCACAAAACUCCCCUUCCUCCCUUGUCAAGACCUUGAACAGCUCAUUAAGGACAACCUUGCCAAGUAUGGUAUUGUCCGCGAAAUUGGCAUCCAUCUUCGUCGCAGUUGCUUUGAUAGCACUGGAUACGUCUACAUCAAACAACCCCCAACACCCACAACAUCACUUCUCCCCUUAUCGUACAAGAUCCCCACCUCCGACUCCACCCAUUUCCUGACUAUGUGGACAUGCAUGGGUUCUCACUGCACGUAUUGCUGUGCCAUGGGCCAUGACAUUGAAGCCUGUCCUAUCCGCCCCCAAGACUCCUGCAAAUGUUUUACCUGCCACGAAACCGGUCACCUUCAAAACACAUGUCCACAAACACCUGCUACAGAAUCCGGACCAUCCAAAUGCUCCCGAAAACUACCCAGGACUAUUUUGCCCGCCCAAGACCCAAAGACCCACCCACUACCUCCCCCAGCCCCACACCCUGACUCUGCAGCCCAAUCUAAGACAGCAAAAUCUCUGACAUC